UCAUUUCAGUCUGCGGCCGUCAGCCGCUACGAUCGGACGCUUCGGUUGGGGGUUGCUAUAGUGCGUGUUGUUUUUUUUUGGCGUUAGCAAAAAAUUUGUGUUUCUUCUUGUCUUAUUUACAAGCAGGCACGGAGCGCUAUCGCAACCGAUCGUGGGGGAAAUCUCACACCAAACACCGUACACCGAUCCACAACAUUAAACAACAACCAAAAACAAAAACAAAAGAUCGAAAUUGUUAUUUGAAUUUUGUGCUGUUUUCCCGUUUGUUGUUUGCUUGCUGCAACAGACAAGACAAAAGACCAACCAAACACACUACACUACAGUUCAGCAAUCGAGAAAUUAUUUGGCCGUGCGUGCGCGUGUGUGUGUGUGUGUUGGUAUGACUGAUAUUAUUAGAAAGAGUUCAUACAUCUUUUUUUGGGAAAACAUUCGUCGCAUCCUUAUACGAUCGUUCAUACAUCCAUAACGAUACACGAAAGGUGAAGGUGUCUGGCGUGUUCUUAGACAAGUGAAAAAUCUUUUGUUUUUUGUUUUAUUUUUCGAAACUGUUUUGUUUUUGGUUUAACACGAAAAAACCACAAACUUUCCAAACAUUUCUGGGCACACAGUGAAAAGCAUUUCAUUUUCUAAAAAUCCAUCACCAGAACACCACACAAAUCAAAAGUGUUGCUCGUUGACGGGGGGACAGCGUCGGUGUGUAUGUGAAUGUGUCUACCAUCACAAUCAAUCAACCUGUGGGGCAACUAGUGCAUCGGCUUUUCAUUUUAAAAAUAAAUAAUUAAUAAAUAAUUCGUUUUCAAAAAUUGGCGCCAACAUUCGGUCCAUUUUUGUUUCGAAGCUCGUGGUGAAAACGCGUGUUGAAGGACUGUCCCGACUGUCUGCUACACUCAUCCAAUUAGUAGGUGACGCUCACCCAAGGGGAGAAAAAGAGGCAGCCGGAAUUAGGCUACUCCGUGUCAUCCGUUCUAAUUGUCACUGCCAUAUUUGGAUAUUAUCCUACAGCAGACUCGGGAAGAAAGCGAUCGGGUAGCCUAGCAACGGCGGACUAGAGAUGCACUCUUCGACGACAUCAACUUGACGGUGAAGAAAAAAAGAAAAAAAAAAAACAUUCGAAAUUCAAAUACCUGAAAAACAAUUCGCCAACAGCCGGGAAUUUCAAAAAAGAAGAAAAAAAAAAAAGGACUGGUUGCAAAUUUGAUCGAUUGAAACGGCGUGUUGAAUUGCAUGUCAAACGCGAGUGGAAAAUGGCCAACAACAGUAGCAUCAACGAAGACGAUAAAAGACAGAAGAGCAGGAAAAGAUGGCGUGGAUGUCUGGUCAUUUCCAUCGCCGCCGGAUCGUGCCUCCUCGCCCUUCUCGGACCCCUGUGGUCCAUGGUAACUGACAAGUCCAUCAGCAGUGACACGACGACAGGCGCUGAUAGCGACACAGUUCAAAAUCAAAUGUGGAGAAGAACGAAAACAGAAGCGAUUGCAGCAGAGGACCCAUUGACCCCAGGAGGAGGAGCAGCGCUGUACGUUUGGCCGCAACGGUUGGCCGACGACGUCGUCCAAGGAUCCAACCAGCGCCAUUACCGUCGCCGGAGGGAUCUCGUCUGGCAUCCGCAUCCUUCCUACCAGCUCACCCUUCAGGACGGGACGUCGUGGGCACGGCUGGAUCUGGAGCCGGCCGGCGACGACGAAUUGUUCGUCAGUGGACGAGCCGAUGUGAUCCAGCUGAUGGACGAAGCCAACAACAUUUCGUCGUCAAUGAAACCAGCCGAUUGGCGGCCACUGCGAGGCUGUUUCUAUCGCGGCCAAGUCCAGCAGCCACGUUCACCAACGGCUGGCCGGGACUCCAAGGUCGUCCUCAGCCUCUGUCACGGACUGACGGGCCAUUUACGGACGAGUAGUGGCAGCUUCUUUAUCGAGCCAUCGCCACUGACCAAUGGCGAUCGAAUGGACGAUGAAACAACAGGUGUCGUCCGUCACGUCAUUUACCGCGUCCGCCAUCCGUCCCGUUUCGAGCAGCCGCUGGAAACGACGGUACGUCCCGUCGACGAUCUUCAUCCGCCAGCAUCCGGCACACCCGCCGCCAACAGUCCAGAUGAAGAGGACGUCGCAGGGCGGAGACGUCGACGACGUCGUUCCGUUUCGCAGGAGCGAUUCGUUGAAAUCCUAGUGGUAGCUGACGGCAAAAUGGUCUCGUAUCAUGGUGACAACUUGGUCCAUUACAUCCUCACUCUCAUGUCUGUCGUGUCAUUGAUUUACAAGGACGCUAGCCUGGGCAACCCUGUCCAGAUCGCUGUCGUUCGAAUGCUGCUGCUCAAGGACCAAGAAUUCGUGUUGACAUCGUCGACUGGCGCUGACGAAUCGACCAGCAGCAGCAAAGAAUCGCACGAGCUGUUGGACAGCCGGCCGGGCAAAUCCGCCUCGGAGAUGUUGCGCAAUUUCUGCAAGUGGCAACGCGUUUUCAACGAUGUCGACGACUCCAGUCCGUACCAUCACGACACUGCGCUCCUGCUAACGAGGGAAAAUAUUUGCCGCAAUCCUCAAAUGCAGAAAUGCGACACGCUGGGACUAGCCGAACUCGGCACUAUGUGUGACAGCUCCAAUUCGUGUUCCAUCGUCCAAGACAAUGGGCUCAGCGCCGCCUUUACCAUAGCUCACGAACUGGGUCACGUACUCAACAUGCCACACGACGACGAUUUCAAGUGUCAGCAAUUUGUCGAGUCUACAGGCGGCGUUCACAACGUUAUGUCGAGGAUGCUGGAUCACAACACGUUCCCGUGGGCCUGGUCCAAUUGCAGCCGCUAUUUCAUCACCGAGUAUCUCGAUGGUGGCUAUGGCGAAUGUUUGCUGGACAAACCGGUGAUGGAUCUGCUGGAUGCUCACCGAGCCGCUAAGAAAUUACCUGGCGAGAAUUUCGAUGAAAACAAGCAAUGCGAACUGGUUUUCGGCCAUGGAUCGAAAAUCUGUCCUUACAUGCCGCCGUGCAAAAGGCUGUGGUGCACGACGUCGGGAGGCGAGCAGGAAGGUUGCCGAACCCAGCACAUGCCAUGGGCUGAUGGCACGGCGUGCGGGCGGGGUCGUUGGUGUCGACACGGAACUUGUCUCUCUCGUGACGUCAAGAGCCUGGAACCGGUCGACGGCAAUUGGGGAUCUUGGCAAGAGUGGAUGAUGGGCACUUGCUCCCGCACGUGCGGCGGAGGUGUCCAGCGAUCCACCAGGAAUUGCGACAAUCCGGCACCGUCCAACGGCGGGACUUUUUGUUUGGGUAAACGAGUACGUUACCGCUCGUGCAACAUCCAAGAAUGCCCGACAGGCACCCCCGAUUUCCGAGAGAAGCAGUGCUCCGAUUUUAACAGCAACAACUUUAACAUCCAGGGACUCCCAGCUGACGUCAAAUGGGUCCCGAAAUACGCCGGAAUUAGCGUGAAGGAUCGUUGUCGCCUGUACUGCCGUGUGGAACAGUCGAGCGCCUACUACCUGCUCAAGGAUAAGGUAAUCGAUGGCACCAGCUGUGGCCCUGACACGGACGAUAUUUGCGUCAACGGCAUCUGCAAGCCGGCCAGCUGCAACCACGUCCUCGGUCGCAAAGAACAACUCGAUCUUUGCGGCGUCUGCGGAGGAGAUAACUCGACUUGCGUCAUCCUCAACGGCGGCUAUAACAGCACGCAGUACGGCUACAAUACGGUCACGCGGAUUCCGGCCGGCAGCUCUUCGUUGGACAUCCGCCAGCGCGGUUAUCAAGGCUCGAAUCGCGACGACAACUAUUUGGCUCUGAUGGACCCGCAGACGGGCGAAUACCUGCUCAACGGCAAUUUCGUCGUCAGCAUGUUCCAGAAGACGAUCCAGUUCGGUGGGACGACCAUCGAAUACACGGGCUCGGAUGCCGUCGUCGAACGUUUGAAUUCAUCCAAACCGCUCAAGAAAGAUGUCGUUGUUCAAGUCCUGUCCGUCGGUAAUUUGUACUCACCGGAUAUUUGGUAUCAAUACGUCGUGUCCAGAGCGGAAGGUAAAGCUCCGACUUACCACUGGAAAUUGCAAGAACAAUGGACGGCCUGCAACAAACUAUGCCAUGGCCAACAAUUCCGUAAAGCGAUCUGCGUCCAAGCAUCUGGCGGUUUACAAAAGAUGCCCGAGGAAUAUUGUUCGGCAUCUCCGCCUCCGCCGCCUAUCGAAACUCAGCCUUGCCAGACACAAUGCAUCCUCAGAUGGCGCGUGAUUCACCAUUCCGAAUGUUCGGCCCACUGUGGCAUGGGCGUGCGCAACGUGACCAAACAGUGCGAGCAAGAAUCUCUGGAGCCACAGCACCAACAACAACAACGGCCUUAUUCCAAUAUCGUGCCGGUGGAUGAUCGACACUGCCGACAUUUGAAUGACCCACCUCCCGAUACGGAGCCUUGUAAGGGCACCUGCCAUUCCGCUCAUUGGCAGUUCCAUCCUUGGAGUCAGUGUUCACUGACGUGCGGAGGUGGUAUUCAAACGCGCAAGGCCCAUUGCGUCGACCUGAACGGCCGCGUCAUAGCAGAUAGCAAUUGCCCGUUGGAGGAGAAAGUCAUCCGACAGAGCUGCCACAUGGAGAGCUGCCCGCGAUGGGAGGUCGGAGAAUGGACGCCGUGUUCGGUGAGUUGCGGGACGGGCGAGCGCCAACGGGGCUACUGGUGCCAACUCGAGAACCACGUCAUCGCCAAAAGUUACUGCUAUCCGGUCCGGCCGCCCGUCCACAAGGAGGCCUGCCACAUGGGUGACUGUCCCCAAUGGCACGCCACUCAAUGGGGCCAGUGUUCCGUCACCUGCGGAGUUGGACAAGCCGAGCGGAUCGUCGGAUGUCGCAUGGACAAUGGCAGCGUCGUCGAUUCUUCCUAUUGCAUCGGUCAAGACAGGCCGAUAUCCGUUCAACAAUGUUUCGAACAUCCGUGUCCGACGGAACCACCGACCACUCCAUCCACCGUUCAGCCGACAACGCAACAGCCAUCCACCACCAAUGUGGCGCCCACUAGCGCCGUUCCAGCGGCUUCUUUGGCUCUGGCGGGCUUCCGUCCGCAGCCAAUCGAGAUACACAACAUUGAUCCGGCCAUUAAUAGUCUCGAUCCGGCUGAAUGGAAUCCAGAGUCGAACGAUAUUCCGCGCGUCGUCGCUGCUUGGCGAACUGGAACUUGGGGACAGUGCUCGUCGACUUGUGACGGUGGAUACCGAAUGCGGACUGUCGUCUGUUACGACAUGAUCGCCAGUAGAGAAGUGGACCAAUCGCAUUGCUCCGAUACAAUUCCCGUUGGCGUUGAGAAAUGCGCUACGCAUCCCUGCGCUGCCUGGAUCACUCAUAAUUGGACGUCGUGUUCCGUUACUUGCGGCACUGGGGUGUCCGUCCGCGUGGUGGAAUGUCAGUACCUUUUGAAUAAUUCCGGCGCACCGGACGAGAUGUGCUCUGGCCUGGAGAAGCCACCAACCGAGAAAAGCUGUUCAGCAGCGCUGGCCGUUUGCAUUGGAUCGCCCAUCUCGCAUUCCGUUUCCGUAGAACACAAUCACACUUCCAAAAUGCCGCAAUGGAGGACCGGUUCGUGGGGAUCGUGCUCGAAAACCUGUGGCGCCGGAUACAAACGGCGACAGGUUGUUUGCCACGACGAACUCUUCAAGGACUCUGACGGAUGCAUUCCGGCCAAACGGCCACAGGACACAGUUCAUUGCAAUACGGAUCCUUGUCCCACCUGGUCUUCCGGUGAAUGGAGUCCAUGUUCCAAAUCGUGUGGUGGAGGGACGCAAACCCGGCCGGUGACGUGCCGUGAUCAUCUUGGGCAAACUCUGCCGGAUCAUCGCUGCCAUCCAGCCGGAAGACCCGAGUACAGCCAGAGUUGCCACACUGAUCCAUGUCCAACGGAGCCUCCCGUUCCGGAGAAAACAUACAAGUGGAAAACGGCCUCAUGGACUACGUGUUCGAAAACGUGCGGCAAAGGGGACCAGUACCGCGAAGUCUACUGUCAAGAAGUUGAAGGUCGCGUGCGUGUGGACGAGACUCGGUGCCCGGAAUCCAGUCGUCCGCGUUCACGUCGCGGAUGUAACAAGGCUGCCUGUCCGUACUCGUGGGAAGUGGAGAAUUGGUCCGAAUGUUCGCAUCCGUGCGGACCUGGAAUUCAACAUCGUAGAGUCACUUGUCAUCGAGUCAACGCAUACGAAUGGAUUGACCCGGAGCCCGUCUCGUUUGGAUGCAACGCCACUCAAAGGCCGGCUGACCUGCAGGACUGCAGUCUUGGCAACUGUCACGUCCUCUACAUGUGGCGGGCGUCAGCUUGGCAACCUUGCACGGCCUCCAAAUGUGGCCGCCAAGGCUCCCAGAAACGAUCGUUGGCCUGCGUCAAUAGCCGGACAGGAUCCAGGGUCUCGCGAUCCUAUUGCCCACAAGAAUUCCGGCCCAUCCGCAAGAGACGCUGCCGGGCUUCUCCAUGCGGAUACGUGUCGUGUAAAGACGUUUUAAUGCGGUCCGGUGGUAAAGAUCGAAAGGCUCCGCUUCCGGAUGGACCGUACGCUUUGAUCGUGGCCGGAAAGAACAUCACCAUUUAUUGCCAUUUAAUGAACACUUCGUCGCCGCUCGAAUACUUGACGCUGACAACGGGACAUCAAGAUAACUACGCUGAAGUCUACGACAAAACAUUGAUACGGCCUGAUAACUGCCCUUAUCAAGGAGCACGCAAAGAUUCGUGCGACUGCUUCCUGAACCGGCGUUCAGCGGGUACCACCUCCUUCAACAAAAUCCGGCUCAAUGUCACCUCGUUGCGUGUCCACAGUCAUGAUUUCACGUUUGCCCGGCUGGUGAAGGGCCACCAAAUGGUGGGUUACGGUGAAGCGGGCGACUGCUACAGCACGGCCAACUGCCCACAGGGCCGUUUCAGCAUUAACCUGCAAGGUACCGGAUUGCGUGUUUCGCCGCAUACCAGCUGGGCGGGUCACGGCCAUCGUUCAUCUUUGUGGAUCAACAGACUGGAGGAUAAUCAAAAAAUUCAGGGCAAAUGCGGUGGAUAUUGCGGUCGGUGUAGCCCUGAUCCGCACGCCGGUCUCAAACUGGACGUUGUGUGAAUCUCUUUUACCCCCCCCCCUUUUUUUUUUAAAAUUGCAUAUCCAUCAUCGUGGUCCCGGCAUUUUCCCGUGUCCCUUAAAAAAAAAAAAAAAGAACAAGUUCCUCAGUGGAGUUGAAUCUCUCUAUCAAUUGAAACGUAAUGAUUCCCAUUCAAAAAUGGGGAGGGCAGGCUGGAGUGUAUCGAAUCUUUUCUGAAUAAGGACAACAACAACAUGAAAUCUAUUUUAAGGGCCGCCUGGAUACCUGCACUAACUAUUUACACACUGCCGCAU